AUGGCCCCGUCUGCCGCCUGCCUGCGAUUGUUGUCGGACUUGAAGGCCAUUACUCAGGAGCCUCCUGAAGGUUGCAGUGCCAGUCCCACUUCUGAGGAGAAUCUCUUUGUUUGGACGGCCACCGUCUUUGGGCCGGAUGAGACCAUUUGGGAGGGUGGAAUCUUCUGCUUGAGGAUCACCUUCAAUGACGGGUACCCAGAGAAGCCGCCCAGAAUACGCUUCACCACGGAAAUCUUCCACCCCAAUGUAUACUCAGAUGGAAGCAUCUGCCUGGACACGCUGCAAGACCAGUGGUCGCCCUGCCAUAAUGUCUGCACCAUCCUGACAUCUAUCCAGAGCCUGCUAAUGGACCCCAACUGCUCCUCGCCAGCCAACCCCGAGGCAGCCUCCCUCUAUCUGUCCAACCAGGCCGAGUACAACAGGCGAGUGCGGCGCGUCUCGCAGCGCUCACUUGAGUGCUGACUGGGAGGGAUGGCCUGCAGGGCAGGUGCUCUGCUGGCAGGCUGCAUAUUCCAUCGUGGCUACCUCUCAGCAGGUCCCUGAAGACAAUCGGAGGUGGCGGCUUUGGAGACAUGCUAGGCUGCUCAUGCUCAUGCAAAUGCUUGCCUGAGUACCGUGCUCUUCCCACACAAGUGGGUGUACCAAUAAUGUGUGCCUGACCAAGCCAAAGAUGCGGGCAGCACGCUUGCCCCUGCCGCAAGAUAUGAUACUGUGCUGUAAGUAGCAUCACAGAAGGUAGGCUGGAGGGUGACAGAGCAGGUUGCUUGCAAGCUAGAGAGUGUGCGGGACGAUGUGGAUAAGGGGUGGUCGAUAAUGGCUGGUUUUGCUGGCCCUUACACCGUGUGUAACUUUAUGUAGAGAAGGGGCAGUGUUGAUAAGGGCAAGAUCAAGUGCGGCUGAGGCUCUUUUGGAGUGUUGAAUGCUGUCUACAGGAACAUGCGAUUUCGUUGAUGUGUGGCGAUUGUUGAUCAUGAUGCGUUGAGUGAUCUGUAGAAAGUGGUUCUGUUGGAUGCUAGCCCGCUGCGCUUAAUCACAGCUUGGAUGCUGUAAAGCACAAAUUUCUGUACUAGCCCCUCGAGUGGUAUGGAUCCAAGACACCAUACAAGAGCCUGUGGCUGACACCUUGAAUUGUUAGCAGUCCUGUAAGGCAAUUUGUGC